CACCUAAACAUCCCUCCGCCGCCCAAUUAUAGAGAGCGGACUCUUGGAAAGGGAAGUCGUUUUCUCGCCGAGCUCGCAGACCAUUUCAGCAUCCCGUGGUCAGUCAUCGUCCCACAGCCAAUGGUGGAGAGGGUUGGAGUUGCCUCCCGUUCCGCCGGACCCUCCUCGCGCUGUCCUCGACGUGCACGCGCGUGGUGGUACCCAACGCUCGCGAAGAGGAGGAGGAGGAGGAGGAUGUGGCGCGCGGAGGGGAAAUGGCUGCCGAAAACAAGCCGGAAGGACUGAAGAAAAUUCGUAACCCGGAUCGAAUGUACAGAUCAGCUGUGUGUUAUUCCGGCCAUGCUGCUCCUAAGGGUGUCAGUGAUGACACAGAGAUGAACAAUGAACAUGGACAUUUGAAAAUAUACCUGCCCAAAAAGCUGCUUGAAUGUCUACCAAAAUGCUCCUCAUUGCCAAAAGAGAGACACCGGUGGAACACGAAUGAGGAAAUUGCAGCUUACUUGAUAACCUUUGAGAAGCAUGAUGAAUGGUUAACAACAUCCCCUAAAACAAGGCCACAGAAUGGGUCGAUGAUACUGUACAACCGUAAAAAGGUGAAGUACAGGAAGGACGGCUACUGCUGGAAGAAGAGGAAAGAUGGCAAGACUACGCGAGAGGAUCACAUGAAGCUGAAAGUACAGGGCGUCGAGUGUCUCUAUGGCUGUUACGUGCACUCCUCCAUCAUCCCCACCUUCCACCGCAGGUGCUACUGGUUGCUGCAGAAUCCAGACAUCGUCUUGGUGCACUACUUAAACGUGCCGGCAAUAGAGGACUGUGGAAAACCGUGUGGGCCUAUCCUGUGCUCCAUCAACACAGACAAGAAGGAAUGGGCCAAAUGGACCAAGGAGGAGCUUGUCGGGCAGCUCAAACCUAUGUUUCAUGGCAUCAAGUGGACUUGCAGCAAUGGGAACAGCAGCUCUGGUUUCUCAGUGGAGCAGCUGGUGCAGCAGAUACUGGACAGCCAUCAGACCAAGCCUCCACCUCGGACUCACAACUGCCUCUGCACAGGCACGCUUGGUGCUGGGAGCAGCGUGCACCACAAGUGUAACAGUGCUAAACACCGUAUCAUCUCUCCUAAAGUGGACCCUCGCACUGGGACCUACAGCAGCGGUCACUCUGAGCUGCAAAACAGUGAUGUGUCAGAAGGCAAAACAGAACACAGCCAUGCCGGGGGAAAAGCAGGCACAGGGGCCACAGGAGGGGGCACGUCACGGGAAAAACGCAAUGGAAAAGUGCAUAAGCCUGUACUACUGCAGCAGAAUAGCACUGAGGUCUCAUCUACCAACCAGGUGGAAGUUCCAGAUACAACCCAGAGCUCACCUGUGUCCAUUAGCAGUGGCCUAAACUCAGACCCUGAUAUGGCCGACAGCCCCGCUGUUACAGGGAUGAGUCACGUGGCCUCAGUAAUGAGCAGCCUAUCUCAGAGCGUCUUCAUGUCAGAGGUACCAGGCGAUCCGGUCUACAGCAUGUCCCCCACAGGAGGUGCUAAUGCUCACCUCAUGGGCCCUGACGCCACAUCUCAUGGACUGGUGCUUGCUGUAGCCUCUGACAGUCAUAAGUUUGCCUUUCCAGGCAGUGGGGGCACAGAGGCAGGCACACCAGGAGCCGCAGACGGACUCGCCAUGCUCUCUGCAGCUGGAGUCUCUGAGGAGCUCGUCCUCUCAAGCAGCCUGGAUUCGAGCAACAUCAAGCUACCAGAGACCGCCAUGAACUUUGACCCAGACUGCUUCUUGAAUAACCCGAAGCAGGGCCAAACUUAUGGGGGUAGUGGGCUGAAGCAAGAGAAUGGCUCUUCAGGUACCUCCUCCUCCGUGGCCAGCACCAACGGCCUGCAGCACUCUCCACAAAUGUCCAACUCCAACUUCAGCUUCAAUGCAGAGAUCAUCAAGAACAUCAAGACUGAGGACACCUCCUUUGAACAGCAACUGGCCAAGGAAAGCGGCUACCAGAUGGGGACAGUAGUAAGCUGUAGUGUAGCCAAUGGUUCAGGCUCACAGAACUCGCUAACGUUAACCCCAGCAGGCUCACUACUGCCUUCUGGAGGAGGACUGAGUCCCAGCACCACCCUGGAACAAAUGGAUUUCAGUGCCAUUGAUGCAAAACCUGACUUCUCCUCCAGUACAUCAGUGGGUUAUGACCAGGCAAUGACCAACACUCAUCUGGCCCAUCAAAGCCACUCGCCCAGUUUCUUCCUUCAAGACACACCACAGUCAGCCCAAAACCUGCAAGGCAGGCAAAAUUCAGGCCAGAAGAGCCAUUUGCUGGAGCACAACUCCCAUGACAGGGCCUAUAUGGGCUUACAGGUUGUCAAAACAGACUCACCUGGUACCAACGGCCAUCUCCACCACCACCAUGGCCACCAGAGUCAGCACAGACCCAAUUGCAAUGGAAGUUCAGCCACAGAGAACCAAGGGCAGAGUGGAUCUCUUCAACUACUACAAUAUCCCGGAGGCUUCUCCAGCCUUGGGACAGAGCAUGAGGAUGUGGUCGGUCAUGAUCAGGCUGGUAGUACAGCUUCCAGUCAGGCCAGUAGUGCUGACACCAGAUCAGAUGGCUUAAUCAAGCCUGGGGAUCACCUGCAGACCUGCGCAGGAGGCAACACAGAGGGUGGAGGAACAGAGCACUAUAUGCAGCAAAGUUCUGAUAAUGGAGUAAGCAAUGAAGCUGUGGCUCUCAGGAAUGGUAAUUCCAGCGACAGCACUAAUGGCCAGCAGCAGCUGCAGCCUAUUCUUCAGGGGGCUGGGCUGGUACAGGGGCUCUACAAUACAGUGGGGACCCACCAGGGUCUAAGUGGAGCUGGAUCUGGUAGUACUGGAGGCACCGGCAUGGAAAUCAGCCUGGAUCACUUUGACAUCUCCUUCGGCAACCAGUUCUCUGACCUCAUCAAUGACUUCAUUUCAGUGGAUGGAGGAGUCACUGCUGUGGGCUCUGGUGGGGCACUGUAUGCCCACCAGCUGGUUGCACCACCUGGCUCAGAUGGGCAGGCAGCCUCAGGAGUAAACCAGCAGCAGGGCCAGGGGGAUGGGAACAACAGAGCAACAGGAUACAGCACUUCUGAUCUCUGCCUCCAGCCUUGCUGCAGUCCCCAGGGUCUAGGUGGUGGAACGGCUGGUGCAGGGGCCUCUGGGGACACAGGCUCGCUUUCCUACAUGCAUGUAGCUGAUGUUGUGUCAGCAGCAGUGGCGCAGGGCACACUGGGUAUGCUGCAGGCCACAGGGAGGCUCUUUAUGGUGACUGACUACUCUCCAGAAUGGUCCUAUCCAGAGGGUGGGGUUAAGGUGCUGAUCACUGGCCCGUGGCAAGAGGCUAACAGUCAGUACAGCUGUCUGUUUGAUCAGAUCUCUGUCCCUGCUUCUCUGAUCCAGCCCGGAGUCCUGCGUUGUUAUUGCCCUGCCCAUGACACAGGGCUGGUGACUCUGCAGGUGGCAGUCAGUAAUCAGAUCAUCUCCAACUCAGUGGUGUUUGAGUACAAGGCCCGUGCACUGCCCUCUCUGCCUUCAUCCCAGCACGACUGGCUCUCUCUGGACGAUAACCAGUUCAGAAUGUCCAUCCUGGAGCGGCUUGAGCAGAUGGAGCGCAGGAUGGCCGAGAUGGCCGGUCAGCAGCAGCAACAAAGCAAUGGAGCAGCUGGAGGAGCAGGAGCAGGGGGAGGAGGAGGAGCAGGGGGAGGUGGAAAUGGAGGGAACAGCAGUAGCAGCCAGUCUCAGUGUCUGUCAGGCCAGGGACAGGCGGGCAGUUCGUUUGAGAGCCGUGUGGUGGUCGUGUGUGAGAAGAUGAUGAACCGUGCGUGCUGGGCCAAAUCCAAACACCUGAUCCACUCUAAAACCUUCCGGGGAAUGACCCUGCUGCACCUUGCUGCUGGACAAGGCUACGCCACGCUCAUCAAAACUCUCAUCAAGUGGCGCACUAAGCAUGCAGAUAGCAUUGAUCUGGAGCUUGAGGUGGACCCACUUAACGUUGACCACUUCUCUUGUACACCCUUGAUGUGGGCCUGUGCUCUGGGUCACCUCGAAGCAGCCGUGGUUCUGUACAAAUGGGACCGCAGAGCUCUGACCAUCCCAGACUCCUUGGGCCGCCUGCCUCUGUCCAUCGCUCGCUCUCGAGGCCACACCAAACUGGCUGAGUGUCUGGAGCAGCUCCAGAGAGAGGAGCAGCCGCAGCCUCCCUCCACCCACAUGGCCUUCUCUCCUAACUCUGAUGCUCCCUCCUCCGACAGCUGGAUGGUCAGCUGGACCAGUGAUAGCAUGGUGACCCCUAGCAACCACAAGAGUGGUGCAGCCAUCACCGCUACCACUAACCCCUCCAGCAACAUCACUCCUGACUUGAGACGCCCCAGAUCCGAGCCUUCCAGCUACUACAGCAGUGAGUGCCAGCGGGAUCUCCCUGCAGCUAAAAAACACAAACCGAACCCAGAAGCGGCUCAGACACGGCCGAAUAAAGCCGCCUCGGUUCCCUUGAGCCUGGAGCACCAGCAGCUGCACAAGCUCUCCACCAACCCAAACACACUCCCUGCAGAAACACCCAGUGCUGAGCAAAACACAGCUGCUGAAGGCACCAAAACCGGUGGCAUCUCACAAGCCAAGUUGAGCUCGUUUCGCACAGGGGGACAUAAGUGGAGCUCCAGGGAGGUGUACAGAAAAGUAUCUGGAGGAGGUGGAGGAAGCAGCUUGGGGAAGGAGAAACUGGUGACCAGGCUGCGUCAGCGAGGAGAGAACCUCAGCAUGAUGACCAUGACUGACAGAGAGAUUGUGGACACUGAGCUGCUCACCUAUAAGGAGGACUUGGAGAACCAGGACUGUCUUUCACACAUGGAAGACCUGCAGGCAAACAUGAUGACCUUGGCGGAGCACAUAAUCGAGGCGACACCAGAGCGCAUUAAGAGGGAGAACUUCUCAGCUGUGGAGUCUGUUCCUCUGGACAGCAGCGGACUGAGCAACACCAUGAGCUGGCUGGCUACUUACCUGGGAGACGUGGAGCAGCUGCCCAGCAUCAUCCACCUGAGGUCUCUAUAUAGUGAACCCCUUACCCCCAACCCGGGUCUGAGUCCAGACGGUUCCCCUCAGUGUGACAGUCCAUUUGAGAAGGGUGCUCUGCCCUCCCCGGCCAACUGGGCCGAGUUCCUGAACGCUUCCAACAGCAAGAUGGAGCGAGAGCUGUCUCAGCUCACCCUUACCGACCUGGAGCAGAGGGAGCUGUACGAGGCCGCUCGGCUGGUACAGAGCGCCUUCCGCAAGUACAAGGAACGCCCACUGCGUGAGCAACAGGAAGUAGCAGCUGCUGUCAUUCAGCGCUGUUACAGAAAAUACAAACAGCUAACAUGGAUAGCAUUGAAGUAUGCACUUUAUAAGAAGAUGACACAGGCUGCCAUCCUUAUCCAGAGUAAGUUCCGGAGUUACCACGAGCAGAAGAAGUUCCAGCAGAGUCGACGGGCGGCCGUGCUGAUCCAGCAAUACUACCGCAGCUACAGAGAGUUCCGUCAGCUCCGGCCUCACAGACGCACCGCCACCUCGGCUCUGGUGCAGCACAAGCUUAGAAGUAGUUUGCUCACUAAGAGACAGGAGCAGGCUGCCCGCAAGAUCAUGCGAUACCUCCGCCGCUGCCGUCACAGCCCCUUGAUGGACCAUAGACUGUUCUUGCGGGUGAGUGCAGCCUCAGCAACCCAAGUGAGAGAAUUGAGAAAGGCCAGGGAACAUGAGAAUAUCCAGAAGAGCCCCCUCACAAUGUGACGUCCCUCUCCAGACUUCUUUUCCUGUUUUUUCUGUUUCAACCAGACCUUUUACAAGAGGGGGGAAAAAAUGAAUUCAAGCGGGAAGAGUACAACUCUAUACAGAACUACACAGAACUACAGACUUCUGCUAUUAUACAACACCACUUUUUCAUAUAUCUUUCUUCCUUCUGUCUUUCUUUUAUAAGAGAAAGCUGACUUUAAGAGUGGAUUUGGGGGGGAAAAACUCAAAGCGAGGAUGUGAUUGGAGGAAGAACAUUUGCUUCAUGGCAUUUUUUGCACUUUUUCAUGCAUUUGGUUUGUUAUUUUGAAGCGCAGUGAAAAGAAAAGGAAAAGAUGUUGGAACAGUGCGACUCUUCAGAGGAUCACAGAGAGAAGACAAAGAAUGGGUGGAAAGACUGGAAAAAAUAUGGAAUCGAUGCAGAAACCUGGCAGGUCCUGGCUAAUACAUUGUUUGAAUAAAUUAAAUUAAAUACAUUUAAAUAAAAAGGUUGCAGCCCAUUACAUUAGUGACAAGAUGGGACAGUCUGUGAAUGUGGAGGUGAGGCUAAAAAAAAGGAUAUCUAACAUUUCAAUUAAUGUUAUUCAUCCUUUUAAAUUCCAUAGUAAUCUGUGCUUGAAUUGGACCAGUGCAAAAUCAGUGCAAACAUAAAAUCAUUGUCUCUGGGAAAUACAUUAUGUCUGUGUUCAUCGAUUUAUUUUUAACCCCCAGUGAAUGUAAUGAAAAUGAUGAUGUUCCUAUUGGGCAAUUUGCUAUGGACCUGUUCAUUAUGUAAAUGUUUUUGGAGAAACAAAUUGCCUCAUUUUGGUUAGUAGUAGUCAUUGAUGAUGCUCUUAUUCUGUUCAAAUGACCUUCAUUGGCUCUUUAGGCCUUUAAAGGGAAGUUCACAGACAUUGCCUUGAUAUCUUAGAGAUUCUCUGAAGGGUCCCUAAGCUAGCCCUCUCAGCAGGGGUUGGGAAAAAUCCAUAUUUUUGACGACUGAGCGGUUUCUGUACAUAAAGAAGGUCGAUGGAACAGUAUGUGAAGUAAAAAAAAAAAACAUUUAUCUGAACAGGACUGUAUUUUAGAAAUAUAUUAUUUUAUUCAUUAUAAGGGGUCAAAACAGGAAGUCGAAAUCUGAAUAUUUGUAUAGUUUUGUUUGAAUGCCUAUUAAGUAUGGUUGUAUUGUUUGUACAUAUUGUAAAUACUCUGGGAUAAGAUGAGCUACAUGCAUGAAAAUCAAAGAUACAGAAAAAAAGAUGAUUUAAAAACAAAAACAAAAAAAAACAACAUUAGUGGCUAUGCUCUGUAAAACUUUCACUAUAAGAAUAUUUUAUUUUAUUUUGAAUGUUCUUGAGAAAAACAUUUUGCUAAAGCAUGACCUUACUGCAGAUAUGAAAAAUACCAUACUUAUGAGGUAGAAGAAAACAACAAGCAUUAUCAUUAGACAAAAACGGUUACGUUUACAUCUGUUUGGUUCACGGGCUACCAAGAGUCUUUUUCUCCACUGGUGCUGACUGCUUAAUGAGAAAAAAUACGUUCAUCCUCGCUGAGCAGAAGACAAGGCAGUGAAAUGGGAGAACAUUAACCUUCAUUAUUUCAUCCCCACUGACCAGUGAAUACAAGAAGUGCCAGAGAGGAGAGGAUUUCCUAAGUAGCCUUUUAAUCUCCCAAAUUUCUAUUGUUUCUCAUAGUGUAAAUUCAAAACACGAAGACGUUUUAAAUCUUGUCUAUGUUUGUGACCAUCUGUAUACAAAGUGACCAGGUUAUAUAUUAUAAGGCUGCUCAUUUUUCAAUUUAAAAAUGCAACACUGACGGAAAAAGCGGUGAUAGCUAAAGACUGGCAAGUCUUUCCUGCAUGAUGUGACUGAACAUUUUGGUGCUAACAACUAUGAUGUAACAGGAUAAUGAGAAGAAACGCUUGACCGAUGUUACGCUUUGGCACUGAACCAGCUGUUUGCACAUUUAGGCAGUAAAGUAGCUUAUGUCACAUGUUCUAGCGGCUUUGGAAGCGCAUCACUUCCUGAGCGUGUAUUUAGGGUCCAACCGUUAACAGGCUACACUUGAAAUAAGUUGAAAAUGAAAAAUAAUGGCACACAAAUGGAUUUUUAAAUAAUGUCAUGAGUCGAUUUACUUUUCCAUUAGUUUCUAAUUUACUGUUUAAGUCGUGCCAUAAUGUGGUUUGUCAUCUACAGCUGUUUGUAAAGUGUUUUUCUGUUUUUGUUUGGUUUUUUGAUUGUUGUUGUUUUAUUAAUAUCUUUCAAAGUGUGAACUGUUCAGAGUGUUCAUGUGGGAAGUGCCUAAUCACAGCAAAUUUCACUCAGCAUGCAAUGUAACAAACUGGACUAACUGACUAUUUGGACAAUGUAAAAGUGACUCUCCUUCAUGCUGAUUAUUUUAUGUAUGUUAAUGUUUUCUUCCAAUAUGUUCUGUCAACAUAGCAGAAAGCUGAGUUUGUAUUUAAAGUCGGAUGGAACUGCCAGUCAGAAUUGCACACACAGUCCAGUGUCCAUUGCCUUGCAUUCAUUCACUCAAUCAUUCAUUCAUUCAUUCAUUCAUUCAUUAUGAAAACAGUUUAGGAUGUCUGCUAUUGCAUUGCUGGAGCCACAUGAGAAGGUCUUAUUAUGCUUGCAUGGGAAACAUAGAUAACCGGGUGACUAAGGCGCACCCAGAGCAUGCUUAUUUUUGUAGAUUUCUUAGACAGAUAGAUUUGAGGAAGAAAUAAUGUUCUAUAAAGCAAUGCUGGUUUAGUAGCUCAUACAACCUCGAAGGGUACAAGGGUAUCAAAAGGGAAGGCAGACGAGAGACGUUCAGUGUACAGGAUUGAUCAGUAUUCACAUUUCUCAAACAAGGUUCUAAUAGUUUCCCAUUGCGUUCAGUCACAUCAACAAGUCAGCUGUUGAUGUUCAUAUCUUCACGCCACUUUUACGCAUGCACAUAACAGUGAUGUGUCCUAUAUAUACAUAUAUACAUAUAUAAAUAUGAAACCGGGUCAGAAAGUGCGUUGUACUUGCAGGCAGUGGAUAACCGCGACCUCUAGAGUGAAUCUCCUAGCGUUAGUGACAAGUUAGCCUCACUUUUUGUAUUUUUACUCAGGGUGCCAAAACUGGGGAGGGGGAAGUGGAGCAGGUCACUGGAGAAUCAGCUGCUGCUUACUGGGAAAAUGAGCCAGAGCCGAGUCCUGAUCAACUUACUGUGAUUUUGAUUAUUCCAUGCUGUUCAUUUUUAUGAAUGCUGAUUUGUUUUGUGUACCAUAGAAAUAACCACUGUCCCCAAAAAGCCCCAUCAAAAGACAAAAACAACAGUAGGAAGAAAGGCAUGCCAGGGUAGUGGAGAUAUAAUUAGUGGUGUGUGAGCUACAGUCCUGUAUGUGCUUACAUUUCAGACAGAAACACUGCCAUUGAUAGAUGUAGAGUAUGAAUUUAAAAAAAAAAAAAAAAAAAAAAGUACAAGGUAAUAAAUAAUAACAGUAAAUAAUUACAGUAGUGACCUCAUUUUGAAUGUAAUAGAUUUCCCCUUUUAUUUCACCUUAGAGCUAUAGGGUGCUUGAGAGACGUUAGAUGGACCAUGGACUCACAGGGCGUAAGAUUCUCCUAAAAUGCUUACCGAUGAUCAUCACAGCCCAGACAUGGUCUCAUGUUCAGCUCACAGGCAUCUAGCUUAGAUUAGUGUUUUUCUUUACUCAUUAUUGAAACUACCUUUCUUCUUUUUCUGCACCCAUCCUCAAAAAAAGGCACAUCGAGGUAACCGAGCCGAAAUCUGUCUCACAAAACUUUCCACUUGUGGACACAGAGCAAUAAACAUGUUUUAUGAAGUUGAGACCUGCAGAUCUUAUGGAGAUUAAAAAAAACAACAACAACAAUUGGACACAUGCAAACUUACACUUAUGCAAAUGCCGAUAGGCUGGUGUGAGAUUAGUGUUCAGUAGGCCUAGUUUAUGGACAGCAGUUAUAGGACAUCUUUUACAGACCUGCACGUUUUCAUCACUCCCAAAACCCAGAAAAAUAGCGGCCCUGCUUUUAUUCUAGGCCACCGGGGCCUUGACACUUUGCAUGUGUAACUAGUGUUAGAGCUCUUUUUCUCUCCUCUCUAGCUGUCUUUCCUUGCUAUGUAGCCUUUGUCCUACCCUUCCCCCAAAUUUGUUCAAGCGUUCAUUUAUUUUUAAAACUGUGUAAUACAGACCCCCCCCCCCCCCCCCACGACCCACACCCCCUUUCAUUUCUCCUUUCCCCUUAUGUAAGUUUUAUUUUUGUAACUGCAUGUUAAACCUUCACUGAAAUGAUGGAUAUGUUAAAAAAAAAAAAAAAAAAAAAGAACUCAGCUGCUGAAGCCAUGCAAAAUGUUUUGAAUUGCCCUUAAAAUAUGAAAGAUGUUUUCUGAAUGCUUUAUAUUCUUUCUGCUGUAAAAUAAUAAAA